AACAGCUUGAAAAAUAGAACGCAGACUCAAAAGAGGAGUAACCGCUGCUUCUGCAGUGACGAAGAGAGAUAGAAAAAAAAGAAAGAAAGAAGAAGAAAAUAAGCUUCAAGCUUGGUUUGAUAUGUAUGUAGAUACGUAGAUAUAUUGAGAGUGUGUGUGUGUGUGUGAGAGAGAGAGAGAGAGAGAGAGCUGCAAAUGCUCAUUGUUUGGGGAUUUUGAAAGAGACCCAGAUGAAAAUUUUGAUGGAGAAAAUGUUCUAUUCUUAUGUUUUCUGGGAAUAAGGUUUUUGUUCUAUCGGUUUCUCCUGGAAAAAUCUUAUCUUUGGGUCUGUUUGGCGGCUCUGCAGGUGUUGUCUCCUUGGGGAAGAGAAGGGAAUUGGAGAUGGAUAAGUUACAGUGGGGAAGUAGAAAGCGGCUUCGAUGCGUGAAGGUGAAGGACUCGGCCAUGGCGGAUGAGAAAUCCGAGAAGAAGAUCACUUCUCGAGUUGAUCGACGAGUUGUUGCUGCCGAUAAUACUGAGAAGCAUCAAUCGGCCAAUCCUCUCCCGCCGCCGCCUGUUCAAUCCCCUCUUCGUCUCUGCAGGGAUUUGGGGAUGAACAGAUCGAGCGCGAACGAGAACCGGAAGAUGGCAACAUCAUCUUCCCCAGAGAAGGAGGAUCGGUACUACACAACCCGGGGAUCGAUAGGACUGGAUGAAAAUGCCAAGUUGUUUACAGAGUCUAAGGAUGAAAACAAAGGAAGGGUUGUGUGGCCAAAACUGUUUGUUUCCCUGUCAAGUAAAGAGAAGGAGGAGGAUUUCAUGGCCAUGAAAGGGUGUAAGCUUCCCCAGAGGCCUAAGAAGAGGGCCAAGAUUGUCCAGAAAACCUUGCUUUUGGUGAGCCCAGGGACAUGGUUAAAUGAUCUUUCCCAGGAGAGGUAUGAGGUGAGAGAGAAGAAGGCUUCGAAGAAGAGGCCUAGAGGGUUGAAGGCUAUGGGAAGCAUGGACAGUGGUGAUUCAGAAUGAGAUUUUGAGAUUGAGAGAGAGAGAGAGAGUAGAUUUGUGUUUUGUUUGUUAAUUUUUAUGUUUUAAAGAAAUUGCUGUCAUAUAUAGAAUCUAAUUUCCAAUUUGGCAAAUAUUUAAUCUGCUUUUUGAAA